AUGCCUGUGGAGGAGUUUGUGGCCGGCUGGGUCUCCGGGGCCCUGGGCUUGGUGCUGGGACACCCCUUCGACACCGUGAAGGUGCGGCUGCAGACCCAGAGCACAUACCGAGGCAUCAUCGACUGCAUGGUCAGGACCUACCGCCGCGAGUCGGUCCUGGGCUUCUUCAAGGGCAUGAGCUUCCCCAUCGCCAGCAUCGCCGUGGUCAACUCGGUGCUCUUCGGCGUCUACAGCAACGCCCUGCUGCUGCUCACCGCCACCUCCCACCACGAGCGGCGCCUGCAGCCGCCCAGCUACACGCACGUCUUCAUCGCCGGCUGCACCGGGGGCUUCCUCCAGGCCUACUGCCUGGCCCCUUUCGACCUCAUCAAAGUCCGGCUACAGAACCAGACGGAGCCGCGGGCACGGCCGGGGAGCCCCCCACCCCGGUACCGGGGGCCCGUGCACUGUGCGGCCUCCAUCUUCCAGGAGGAGGGGCCGCGGGGGCUGUUCCGGGGAGCCUGGGCUCUGACGCUUAGGGACACCCCCACCCUGGGGAUCUACUUCGUCACCUACGAAUGGCUCUGCCGCCAGUCCACGCCGGACGGCCAGAACCCCAGCUCAGCCACAGUGCUGGUGGCAGGGGGCUUUGCAGGCAUCGCCUCCUGGGUGACAGCCACCCCCUUGGACGUGGUCAAGUCCCGGAUGCAGAUGGCCGGGCUGGGGCAGCGGGAGUUCCAGGGGCUGCUGGACUGCAUGGUGAGCAGCGCCCGGCAGGAGGGCCUGGGCGUCUUCUUCCGGGGGCUGACCAUCAACAGCGCCCGCGCCUUCCCCGUCAACGCCGUCACCUUCCUCAGCUACGAGUACCUCCUCCACGCGUGGGGGUGA